AUGCAUACGGUCUACACAGGAGUGGUGUGGACGUGUGUUCGAAUGAACCGGAAUGCUUGUUCCAAAAAAGGUGACCUUUGUGUUGUAGCUAUAGUCCUACACAUUACUUACUAUUUUGGUGUCGGUCAAAUGUGUAACUCACGCUGUGGCACCGGUAUAUAUCACGCAGCAGGUUCUUGUCAGUCUAGCGGACGUUGUCUCUGCUGGUGGGGAUUCACUGGACCGAAUGCAGUAUACAUUGUCAACGGAAAAUUACACCAUCGGAUCCUGGCUGACCACUGCACGGUAGCAUGUACUUACAAUCACGUCUACUACAACAAGCAAUGUGCUAGUCUGCCAGGGACCAGCACAGCAGCACCAGACUACAACAGCAGCGCCACAGACUACAACAGCAGAGUCACAGUCUACGACAGCAGCACCACAGACUACCACAGCAGCACCACGUAUUACCACAGCAGCAGCACGCACUACCACAGCAGCACAACACACUACCACAGCAGCACCACAGAUUACGACAGCAGCGCCACAGACUAUGACAGCAGCGCCACAUACUACGACAGCAGCGCCACAGACUACAACAGCAGCACCACAGACUACCACAGCAGUACUGGUGUCACACACUGGCACAGCAGCACCUAA